AUGACGACUAAAUCGUCAAAAAAAUUAAAGCAAAAAACAAUUGACUCACAUCUGAGCUCGCAACAACCGGAGCACUCAGGAGACCAAGAUGGCGUCGGACCGCAUGGUUCACCCACACACGAGGCAGAAGGGGAAGACUCCCAAAGCUACCACAGCAGUGAAGCCUCCAUCCCUACCACGAAUGCCUCAGUGAGUACUAUGCUGGAUAAAUUAAAAUCAGCCCUAUUCUCAGAUCUCCAGCGCAUAGCUGCAGACAUUAGAGCUGACAUACAAGUAAUAGGGGACAGAACAGCCCAUCUAGAAGAAAACACGGAGGGUAUCCUAACUGCUCACAAUGAGCUAGCAGAUGCACACACAGCACUGGAAAACAAAGUUAAAUAUCUGGAAGGAAAAAUAGCAGAUAAUGAGGAUAGGGACAGACGAAAUAACAUAAGGAUCCGUGGUAUACCUGAGAAUGUCAGCCCACAGGAUCUUACACAUUAUGUGCAAAAAUUGUUCAAAUCUCUGAUCCCAUCCAUGACAGACGCAGACCUCCGCCUGGACAGGACCCACAGGCUACCCAAGCCACGGCACCUGCCCGCUACCAUACCAAGGGACGUCAUAACCAGACUCCACUAUUUUACGGUCAAGGACCAAAUAAUGCAAACGUCAAGACUCAAUUCAUCUCUACCAGAAGAAUACACGGAUAUAAAACUAUUUAUUGACCUAUCAGCAGCCACGAUGACCAAAAGACGCUCAUUUACACCGAUUACAACAGCCCUCAGAAACGCCAAUAUCCUAUGCAAAUGGGGCUUCCCUACUAAACUACUCGUCAAACGCAAUGGAGCAGACCGCACAAUCCUCACGCCUGAAGACGGCAUACAGAUUCUGGAAGACUGGAACAUCCCCAUCCCUGCUUCACAGAGCGGAAAACAAAAGUCCGACACACCACCGCCACGAAUAAUGGCGAGAGACUGACAACAAAUUCCAUGGAUCAACAAUACUCCACAAGGCCGCAGAAACUACCAGCCUUGACCAUCACCCUACCACGCUCCUGGACACGUAACUUAUUGCACUUAAAAGUGUUGUAUUACUUUGCAGCUAGUACUAUUGAUGUUGUAUUACUAUAUGACUGA